GCAAGUUUCGUCUUCGACAACUGCAUCUUUUGACUGAAAUUUUUCUGGAAAGGAGAAGACAGCAUGGGAUCUUCCUCCUCUACAGCUAAACCCAAAACCAGCACAGUCUCCACGACAACCCCAGUGACCAGCUCUGCACCCUCUUCUUGCUCCAUCCCCAAAAAGGAACAUUUGAUCUUGGCCUUUUUUGCUGGGGUUCUGCUGACACUGCUACUCAUGGCCCUUAUCUUCUUCAUCAUCAAGAGCUGCAGAAGAAGUAACUCCAGCACUCAGGCCCAGGACUCUCUCUCAGAGCCUCCCAUCAAGCUUUCAUCCGCAUCAAAGGAGUCACUUACCUAUGCCAGCAUGACUUUCAAGCCCUCGCGAGAAAGCAGCAAUGGCUUGACUGGAAACGGCUCCACAGGCUUGGACCCCACUGUCUACUCUGAGAUUAAAGUAGCAGACCCAUCUCUGCCUCUCCAAUAAGGCCGAACGCAGGACCUCAGCUCAGCUCCA